AUAUUUCGUUAUUGGUUCUUUUUUUAGACGAUAAUUUGAUGUUGAUAACCAAACACAGAGAAUAUUUGAAUACAAGGACGUGUUCGUGUGUGAUAACAAUGUUGUGGCUGCCAGAAAAGUGCUGAUGUGUUAGCGAAAGUUUGAAUGGUGGAGGUGAGACGGCCAACUUAAGAAACGACGGUAAAAAAAAAGUGUAUACCCCGGAACUAACAUGUCACCGUUAACGUAAAGUAACGACGAUCGAUUUCUUGUGCAGUAGUAAUGAACAGUAGCGAGGCCUACACGUGUUGGCGCAUUCCUCACAACACGGGGAAAAAGAGAAGCUUGCCGCGCCUGACAUUGCCAAGGUGUGGAGGUUGAAAGCUGCCCCACGCUGGCCGGCGGGUGUGACGGUGUGACUGUGUUGAAGCUCGCGGUGGGUCAAAUUCCGAGGCAGGAAAAACGGCCGUCUGGGUGACCAUUGUUUACGAGACGUCGGUAGCCUUUGUUGUACACGUGCGUCUGAGUUUAUGUAUAUUACGCAGCUCAACAAGUGAUACCUUGAGGGCACUGCGGAAAUAGGAACGGACAGUUUUUCCUCCUUGCUGAACGCACGCCCUUCCGCUGCACGCCCACCAUGGAGCUGCUCACUAUCAAAAUAAUCGCCCUUACACUGCUGGGGGUGUUUUCCCUCUUCUUUGGGCUGCUGCCGCUCCGCCUGAGGAAAGUGUUGGCGAAGGGAAGCAAGAGGCGUGAUCGGGUAGUGUCAUGCCUCUUAUGUUUUGGCGGCGGCGUGCUACUGGCCACCGUGUUCACCCACAUGCUGCCGGAGACCAGAGAAGGCUUUGCUAUCGCUCUUCCGGAAAUCGAGUACCCGCUGACUGAAGUGGUGAUCUGCGCCGGGUUCUUCCUCAUCUACUUCGUCGAGGAGUUCAUGCACAAGGUUUUCUUCAGGCGGGACAUUCAGCAGAGGAAGAAACUCACCAAACUCGCCGCAGCCAUAGAAGAAGAGAGUUCCUCCGCCCCGCACCACAUCCAUUACAAUAACAACAACAACAACAGCGUGGGUCCCAGCCAGCCCGAGACAGCCGGGAGGGAGGGGCAGGAUGGGAACCAACAGAACUCCAGCCGGUGUUCUGUGUACUCCGUGAGCGGCGAGACGUCAAAGGUGAUGGGACCCAAGUCAAAGUGGUCCUCUGGUGUGGACAAUCCAGUGUUCGCGGGAGAUCUGGACGCUACCGCCUGGAACCCCUCACUCAAGGAAACCAUUCUCUCCUCUUCUCAGAAUGCGUCUGCCCCGCCCUUGACCAACGGAAAGGUAGCGACGCCCGAUUUGGAGCACCGACCGGAUAAGCAUGUUAUGCAGAAAGGCGUCGGGCACAGCCACGAUCACGGACACGGUCACGGCCAUUCCCACAUGGCCAUCAGUCGCCUGGGCAACAAGAGUAUUGCAUCCAACCUGCGCUCUCUGCUCGUCAUUCUCGCGCUCUCUUUCCACUCUGUAUUUGAGGGUCUGGCAGUGGGGCUACAGGUGCGAGAGGUGGACGUGUGGUAUCUCCUGGGUGCCAUCUCAGCCCACAAGUUCGUCAUCGCCUUCUGCAUGGGUCUGGAGCUCCUGGCCAGCGGCACGUCAGCGGGUGUUAUGGUGAUUUACAUGGUGGUCUUCGCCCUAGUGUCUCCCUUGGGGGUCGCGUUCGGGAUUCUUGUGACUGAGAACUUGGCGGCUGACACAAGCAGUCACCUCCUGACCGUGACCGUCCUGCAGGGUCUGGCUGGAGGCACCAUCCUUUACGUCACCUUCUUCGAGGUGUUGGAGCGUGAGCGUGGGCGUCCUGGUGGGCGGCUUCUCAAGUUCCUCUUCGUGCUGCUGGGCUUCAGUGCCAUGGCUUCCCUGGAAGCCUUCGGUGGGCACAGCCACGGUGGCAGCGGCGGCCACGGCCACAGCCACGGUCCUGCUCAACCCUCUUCGGCCACCACAAUGGCCGCCAUCACCGAAAGUUUUGAUGACGAUCACCACGGCCACAGCCAUGGCCAGGCCACAGCCACGGCCACGGCCACAGUCACAGCCACAACCACAGCCACGGCCACAGCCACCAGCACUAGUCAGUGAUGCUGGUAGCUGUGUUGCGGCAGCUCACCAUCCGCGGCGUUUCAUGACCACAAACAACUUUUAAAAACUUUCAUUUUCUUUAAGUAAUAAGUCUGGGAGGACGGUGGGCUGGUGACCACCCUCCCAGGUGUGGUGUGGUGUGGUCGUCGCGGGCGGUGCGAGGAAGGUGGUGUACAUUGUACAGUGUUGUGAUAGAGGUGAUGUGCGGAGUCAUGCACCUUGCCAUAGUGGUAAGGAGAAAACUUUUUUUUUUAAGUGGGUUUUAAUCCUUAUACAAAGCGACAUACAGUGUGAGGUGUUGGAAUAUUUAUGAUGGCAUUCUGAUUCUUUUUAUUGAAAGGAAAUGGAUUUACGUAGUAUUUUACACUGUGUUUUAUGUGGUGCUUAGUGUUUUAUCAGUGGCGGAUAAGAACACGUGCGGGUGUGAGGAGAAAGUGGACGCUGAAGCGGAGUGUAAGAAGUGUAAGAAGUAAGGUCAGUGUUGAUACUUCCCGUCAUUUAAUGUGGCCAAGACUGCGAGGGACCAGACCGUAGGAUUGUUAUUUUUAAUAUUUUAGUAUUCAGAAUGUUUUAUAUUUGAUAGGAAGUUAAGCAAUCAUUUUCAUAUCUUUUAUGUAAGAGGAGGACUGGCCAAGGGCAACAAAAAUUAAAGAAAAAAGGCCCACUCAGUCACCAGCCUCCUUAAAGAGCCGAUAGAAUUAGCCAAAAGAUAGGGACAAAUGUUUUGAAACCUCCCUCUUGAAUUAGGUCAAUUCAUAGGACGUUGCGGCAAGGAAGUUUUACGAAGGUGCUGAUGUCGUAUCCUAUAUCCUGAGCUGCUUGCAACAGGUGAAGCUUGCCGCCAGCAUUAUCAGUUUUCCUCUGAGGACGCUUAAUAGUGCAUUUACUCGGAGCACCGGGGUUGCUUCACGCUACCCGCCGCGUGACGUCACUGUGCGUCACCGUUUUCUAUGAUUUGAUGGGCUGACGUACGAGGAGGAAGAAGGAAAGGAAGAGUAGUGCCGCGUUGUGUUAUUUAUUGAUGGACGUGAGACGUGAGACUGUCGGCCAGGCCAGUUGUGAUGGGUGAGCCAAACAUGCAGUGCUGAUGGAACAUACAGUGUUUAUGGAUCAUUCUGUAGCGUCAAAGUCGUAGAGGAAGGCAUGCUGGGGGUCUGUGUUGCUUCCCACUGCCUGGCUGGUUGGCGGGCUGGCUGAGAGGUAGGGCGGUUGCAUCGGUAGUUUUAUGCCAAGUCUUGCGUAAUUAACCACAUGAACCGAUCCCACGUCUUACCCGUAUAUGGCAUGCCUGAAUGGUUUCCAGUGGUUACCUUGUACUAAUGCCUUCAGUCCCCUUAAAACUUGAGUACAGGUACAUUUUGAGACUGAUUCAAGAAUUGCCUCGUUUGUCUCGAAAGGUCUUUUGACCAUGGUCGCGGUUUUCGGGUCUCGUGAACAAUGGGUUAGUCUCUGCGGUAACCGUGGGCCGGAUGCAGGUGUGAGUGAAUGCGUCAGCCAGCACAUAGUACCGUGCCCUUGUAGAGCCGCCAGGUACCACUGACACCUGUCCGGUCCUGGCAGGAGUCUGUGGUUCACCGCUGAGAUCAUGUCGACAUCCUCUCAGGUGAGACAUCCUGUUGGUCCGUGUUGACUGAGAGUGAGAGUCUUGCGUCCGUGGAUGUAUACCUCUGUUUGCAUCCGCCCUACCUGUCAUGUAGACGUUAUGGUCAUGUAUUCAGACAAAUCGAAUAUUUUAGUGUUAUGCAUUAAUAUACAGAGUUCAGUCAACGAUGGUCUUGCAAGUGUUCUUGGACAACCUUUUUUUUGUUUCCAUUAAAUUCUUUCAUGUGUAUUACGUACUAAAAGUGCAGUUCCAGCCGAAGGACAUUAUUAAGGCGCACAAGUCGUCUACCGCAGUGCGUGGAGGUGAAUAUUUAGUUCUGGCUAUGUAUUGUGUGAGCGGCACGGCCAUGUGAGCUACGAGAAUGGUUGGUCCAUCGUGCUAGGAAAAGUCAGCAUUGAUGUUAUCGCCACACUGACCUCUUUUCUAACCUCAGGUGUCUUAUAUCAGUGGCGACUCGCCGUAAGAUAUCACGAAUACCUUACCACCUUCAUAUUAACAAGCUACGAGGCAUCAGGCAAGCUGUCUGGUGCAUAACUAAAUCACAUGUGCUGGAGUGGCCUUGUCUGACAGAAUUGACUUUCUAUCUACAGUACGAGCCUGAAAAAAAAAAAAAAUGCCUCGUAUAAGCUAACGCCCAACAAUUAUAAACGUUUACUUCAAUUGUCUAAUACUUUAUUGCUUCAGAUAAAUUAAGUAUAAUUAUUAAGUGCGGUGAUAUGACCAAAGUUUUGAGUUAGUGAGUUUGUGAUAAUGCACAAGCAGGGUUACCGAUUUUCUUUUUCCAUCGGCACGAGAGUCACGUCAGCAGUGCAGUGAAAGCAGAGUUGUGAAGGGAAUUCCGAAGCGACGAACCAGCGGAGUGAGAAGGUUUAGUAGACGCCAUAAAGAAAACAAUGGUCGGCAGUCAUGUUCAGUUUCAUGCUUUUUAUCGCGCUCAAUUUUAUGGAUGGUUGAUAGAAAAUAAUGAAUAAAAAAUAGUGAUAAGAUGCACUGAAAGGAGAGGAAAGUAGUGAUGGAUCGACAGAGAGGAGAGGAGAAUAGUGAUGGAUGCACUGAGAGGAAAGGAAAGGAAAGUAAAGUAGAGUAGAUGUGAGGUUGACUGAGAGAAUGAGAAUGAAGAAAAAAAAGUGCAUAAAUGGGAGUUGGCAUAAACAUUCAAAGGUACGUGUUUGUUACCACCGACCGCCUGUGUACCGUACAGUUUGCAGCGAACAGCAGAGCGUGAAUGUAAAAUCACAGCCUCUUAUCACAGCCUGCAGCGUGUUAUAACACCCUAGUGCACGUUGGUGGGUCUGCGAUGGAUGCUCUCCGCCAAUCUUUACGUUAGUACUGGCGAGAGAGUCCAACACGUGAGGUUCAGAUGGCGGGGAGCGGUUGGCCUCGCUGGGGGAAGAUUCAAGGUUAUCUUAUUGGAACUUGCAAUCUUGCUCCAGCUGGACUUGUGGGUUAGCUUGUGUUGUGGUGGUCGCGUGUUUUUGUGCGUCUUUCUCUCGUGUAUGAGUUAAUGUGUGUGUGUUGCCGUGGUUGUCUCGUUUGUAUUCAGUUCGAGGGAGAUUGAGUGAAUAAAGGAAGGAAGGAAGGAUAUAUAAGCGGAAACAGAAGUGUGCGCGCAUUAUAGUUCAAGGUAGUGAGGUGCUUGUACAUAUCAACCAUGAAGUGGUCUUGUUAUAAAAUGUGUGCCCACGGCAGGUACAUAUCAUUUUUUUUUUCUCGUGCUUCAACACUUCCUUUUUACAACAACUUAAGGCAAACAUUUUUAAUAUUUGUGCCAACUUUCAUUAUUCCUGCUUUUAGUGCACGCACACACCAGAGGAGUCUCAGUAUUGCAACCUUGUGUCGUCAUACUGAAUCAAGUCAAGUUUUUCGAAUUGUGACGCUCAUUAUAUAUAUAUAUAUUUUUUUGUACUAAGGUAGAAGUGAGUUAUUUUCUUACUGUAUUUUCCACUCAGCACCCUCACAACACCCCACGUUACUCUUUUGUUUUUAGUAUUUUUAUAUGGUUGUCAAUGUCUGGAAAUAUUUACAACUACUGACAGUUUCCAAGCCUCAAAUAGUCACCAGUUGUCAGAGUAGUAAAUAAAUAUAAUUAUGGAGGAGUCACCAAACCUUUUUUUUUUUUUUUCAAACCUCUUCAGUACAAAACACAUCACCACACGGUUAAUACAAUCCUCUAGUGAUGUACAGGGUAAAGUCAAACGGACGGUAUGGUACUGAAGGUUGUAAUGUUUGAGUUGUAAUUAGCAACUUGAAUUAUAAUGCGCUAAAGUAAACCAAGAAAAAUAUAAAUGAAUAAAAAGAAACCUGUAGCAAAUUUGGUUCUCUCGUAGAUGUAGUUUAUGGUUCCUCUCUAUUUAUUCUUGAGUAUAUUUGAUUAACUUGUACUUUGUAAUUGUAAUAGUGAUAUGCAGCUGUGAGUGUGAGAGUGUAUGUGUGUGGAGGCGGGGCACAGUUAGGUGAGUGGUGUACGUGGUAUAUUUGUAUAAUUAGUGCAGUGUUGUGUAGUGUGGUGAUGACGAGAUUGCAUGUCAGCGAGAGAGAGCAAAAGAGCGAGAGAGAAGGUGUGAGUGUUAAAAUGGAGGUUAUCUCGCCUGGUACUUGACAAUAAAAAAAAAAAAAAGAACCCCUGUUUUGUUGUGAGUUUGCGGCUUCCUGUUUCGAGAGAGAGUGAGAGUGAGAGCGAGCAAGAGAGAGAGAGAGAGAGAGAAUAGAGAAUGAAUUACUGCAAGAUAGAAAGGCCUUUGUCGUGCCUUUCAUACACGUCUCAUAAGUCAACAAUUUAUCCGUGUCUCGUGAUGAAAGGUAGCAGUGAAGUGUGUUUCCGCCUCCUUAGUAGGGUCGACAAUAUUGUAUAAUUAUUUAAUAGCAUUACCUCUUUUUCCCUGCAAUAAGUCUGACUCGUAGACCGUGAAGGUUGUGUUAUGGGACAGCACUUAAUGUUUCCUACAGUACAUUAGCGUCUUGUUUGCUUUUAUUAUUAUUGUGGACUUUUCAUAGCUUUGUCAUUGUAGUUUAUUUUUCUUCCGUCAUUGUCUUGCUUACAUUAUUUUUUUUUUUUUUUAUAAGACUGCUUUGUACAAGUAUUCUUUUUAUUAUUGAACUUCGAUACCAUUUAAUUUUUCUUCUACUUAUUCUUUAUGAUAUUUUUGUUUUCUUUCUAUUCUACGGACACAGUGUGCUGCAUGACCUUCCCUUUUCUUCAGUACUUGUAGAUUUUGUUCUAUUCCACCGUAUUUUUGUUCCACGAGUACUUUUUACUGCUUUUUUAUACUUUUAUUAUUCCUCAUCGUACGAGGGAGGUUAGGUUAGGUUAGGUUAGGCUAGGUUAGGUUAGGUUAUUCCUCAUGGCACGUGGACGGGAGAGAGUCAGAUUUUUAAUAGAUUUUAUUUUGCUUUUGUAUAAGAAAUAUUAUUGUUAUUCAUGCUGUGUAGGAAUGGCGGGCGAUUCAUUGCUUUUUAUUUCGAUUUUGCUUUUGUGUAACAGGAAGUUAUCAAUCAGCACCUUUUCUUUUUUUAUUAUACACAUCCGGCUGCGAGACACAUGGCAUUAUUUUUGUAUGAAUGUUUGUAUAUUAAGGGAAACCAGGAGAGAAUAUGUGGUUUGGCAUUUUUCUACUGAAGUGUCUUCUUGUAGAAUACCAGCGUGUAUUUUUAUUGUUGUUUUUGUCUCGCCAAUAAAAUGCGAGUGGAAGUGA